CCAGACCCAACAAAAUGGUUGCAUGCAUUACUCUUGUGAUCCUUGGAGUUUAUAUUCAGAAUUCAAUAGGGACUCCAACUUCGGACCCUGAUGACAUUACUCAACAACUGGUUAUCUUACGGAGACAGUUUGAACAUUUGAAUCAGGAUCUCAUCCAGGUUAAGCUAAAACUAGAUUCGACGACUGAACAGAACAUUAAAUUGGUGGAGAAGAUGAAUGCAUUAGAAAAGGAUGAUACAAACCUUCGACUGGUUGUACAUUCGACAUCAAAGACAAAUGCAGCACUAUUAGACAGAGUAAACGCAUUAGAAGAGGAGAGCCAUGUUAUAAAACAGACUAUACAUAACUUUAAACAUUCAGAUUGGAACUUUGAUACUUUAACUGGGAAAGCCAAAGCAUCAACCAAAGAGAACAUAUAA